CAAGCAGCGACAUCUUUUGCAUAUUUUAUCGUCAUAAGCCCAAAAUGUUGUUCCUUGUCGGACUAGGUCUCUCUGAUGAGACGGAUAUUACCGUCAAAGGUUUGGAGAUUGUCAAAAAGGCCUCCAGAGUCUACCUCGAGGCGUACACGAGCAUCCUCCUAGUAGACCAAGCUGUCUUGGAAAAAUACUAUGGCCGUUCCAUAACCGUUGCCGAUCGCGAAAUGGUGGAAUCGAACAGCGAAGAAAUCCUCCGAAAUGCACAGACUGAGGACGUUGCGUUCCUCGUUGUUGGAGAUCCCUUUGGUGCCACUACUCACACAGACCUUGUCCUUCGCGCUCGUGAGCUGGGCAUCCCCGUCCAGACAGUCCCCAACGCUUCGAUCCUGUCCGGUAUUGGCGCCUGUGGCUUGCAAUUGUAUUCGUUUGGCCAGACCGUCUCCAUGGUGUUCUUCACAGACAACUGGAGACCAGCCUCGUUUUACGAUAGAAUAAAGGAAAACCGCGAUAUCGGUCUCCACACUCUUGUCCUGGUAGACAUCAAGGUGAAGGAGCCGAACAUGGAGAGCAUGGCCCGAGGUCGCAUUGUUUAUGAGCCACCAAGAUACAUGACUGUUGGUCAGUGCGCGCAGCAGAUGAUUGAAGUUGAAAACGACCGUCAAGAAAAGGUGUACACCAAGGAUAGUCUGGCCAUUGGUGCAGCAAGAGUUGGUGGACUUACCGAAAAGUUUGUUGCCGGAACACUGGAGGAGCUCUGUUCUGCCGAUGAUGCCCUCGGCCCCCCUCUGCACAGCUUAGUUUUGCUCGGCCGCAGAACUCACGAGCUUGAGAUGGAUUAUGUCAGACAGUUUGCUGUUGACAAGGAGAAGUGGGAUAGAAUAGCGAAGGAAGAAUAUGGCAAGCAAUGAUCGGGACAACAUGGAGCAAACGAUGUGUUCUCAACGACUGCGUUUGGGCUAGCCAUUUUACAAUUCAAAAGCGUUUCAAUUAGGAUAUUCUGGUUAUUCUAAAAUAAGCACUGCUCCAUUACCUGGUCAGUCGGAAGCUGUCUACAGUUUAAG